GCAAACUGUACGUUUUGAUGCCUGCGUGGAGGUUACGUGUGUCAUUCUCACGACCUGAAAUGACUUGCUAGGCGCCGCGUCUAGCCAAUGCUUACUGCGGGGGCUCCUGUUCUGUGGAUUAUCCGUCGUCGCGGAGCCAGUCGCAUGGUCGAGCCCGGAGGGAGGCCCUUCUCUCUGCUGGAUGGAUGUGUGUGAAGCACCGCCGAGCUCCGAGAACUAAUGAAGACGGGGAUAAUAGUCAAAGAGAUGAUGCUCGGCUUUCAUCGGCGCUGCGUGAACUGAUCUUGGAUGUCCGGGCUACGUCGCCCCUACGUUUUCUCACACGGCAACACUUAAAAUUCCUUAAAAACUGGACGCCCCUGGAGCAGUUUAUGACGACCCUGGUAGGAGCGUGAUGAGCGCGCGCUUCCACUUGCCUGCUGGCAGAUCCUACAAUGUCCGGGCGACGGAGCUGGAGCGAGACAGACAGCACACACAAGUUGUGUGCAACAUACUGCUGCUGGACAACAUUGUGCAGCCGUUCAAAGUCAACCUGAGUUGGGGGACUACAGUGAAACUGAGCAUCCUCCUGCCUAUCUGUCUGAAUACUGCUUCAUUCCUAAUCCCCCCCAAGACUUCCACAAAGAGGUCUCCAAGCAUCACCAGCAGCACAGUGGUCUAUCUCCUGCCCAGGCAGAGUUUAAUUAUCUGAACACAGCACGAACGUUGGAGCUCUACGGGGUAGAGCUGCACUAUGCAAAGGAUCAGAGUAACACAGAGAUUCUCGUUGGAGUGAUGUCCGCUGGUAUUGUGAUUUACAAGAACAGGGUACGAAUCAACUACUUCCCAUGGUUGAAAAUAGUGAAAAUUUCCUUCAAGUGCAAACAGUUUUUCAUCCAGCUGAGACGAGAGGUGGCAGAGACGCGGGAGACGCUGCUGGGUUUUAACAUGGUCAACUACCGGGCGUGUAAGAACCUGUGGAAGGCCUGCGUGGAGCACCACACCUUUUUCAGGCUGGAGCGGCCCAUCCCCCCUCAGAAAAAUUUCUUUGCUCACUACUUCAGCCUGGGCUCAAAGUUCAGAUACUGUGGGCGGACAGAAGUGCAGUCUGUGCAAUAUGGGAAGGAGAAAGGGAUCAAGGACAGAGUUUUUGCCAGGUCUCCCAGCAAGCCACUGGCUAGAAAGUUGGUGGGCGGGACUGACUGGGAGUCAGUCAGCAGGAACAGCCUAUCAGACGAGAGACUGGAGACCCAAAGCCUGCCCACCCGCUCACCACCUGGAACACCCAACCAGAACUCGCUGUUUGUUCAGGAGGGUACACGAAUACGCCCAUCAUCAGUUGGCCACCUGGUUGAUCAUGUGAUCCAUGCUUCACCCAGCCUACCUGUCUUCUCCUCCAAUCACAAGUCAGCAUCGUCCACGCAGGCCAACAGCAUCAGUCUGGACUCUACACCGUCUCCAGAUGGGAUCGAAGGCCAACCUCCAGCUCUGCCCCCGAAGCAGCUGAGCAGGAAGACACUGAGCCAGAUCAUCCAGGCCCACUCCCAGCAAAGCCUGCUGGACAACCACCUCAACGAGAUGUACGACGUUCCCGUCAACACAGACAAAACCACGUUGAACGGCGUUGUGCCACAUGAUAAUCUGGUGCUGAUCAAGAUGAAACCCGAUGAACACGGGCGUUUUGGCUUCAACGUUAAGGGUGGAGCCGACCAGAAGAUGCCAAUUAUUGUGUCUAGAGUGGCUCCAGGAACAUCAGCUGACCUCUGUGUGCCUCGCCUUAAUGAAGGGGACCAGGUGGUCUUUAUUAAUGGGCGGGACAUUUCUGACCACACCCACGACCAGGUGGUUAUGUUCAUCAAGGCCAGCUGUGAGAGCCACUCGGGGGAGCUCAUCCUAUUGGUCAGACCGAACACCAUCUAUGAUGUUGUGGAGGAGAAGGUGGACUCAGAGCCUGACUUUCAGUACAUCCCUGAGAAGUCCCCGCAGGAUCCCACCCACCUCGACCAGCAUGCUUUGAGGGACUCUAUGACCACCUUGAAGGAAGGCUUGAGCAGCGGAGCCAUACUGGCCCAGUUUGACCAACUGUACAGGAAGAGGCCGGGGAUGACCAUGCUGUGUGCCAAAUUACCUCAGAACGUUUCCAAAAACCGCUACAGAGACAUUUCUCCUUAUGAUGCCACGCGGGUCAUAUUGAAAAGCACAGACGACUACAUCAAUGCAAAUUACAUCAACAUGGAGAUUCCUGCCUCCAGUCUGAUAAACCGCUACAUAGCAUGCCAGGGCCCACUGCCCAACACGUGCCCUGACUUCUGGCGGAUGACCUGGGAGCAGGGCUCCUCUAUGGUGGUCAUGCUGACUACGCAGGUCGAGAGAGGACGGGUGAAGUGUCACCAAUACUGGCCCAACCCAGACAGCAGCGCCACCUACGGAGACUUUAAAGUCACGUGCCUCAACGAGGAGGGCAACACCGCCUUCCUGGUCCGGGAGAUGACUCUCGUUCACGCGCAGAACGACCAGCAGAGAGAGCUUACUCAGCUGCAGUACCUGGCUUGGCCUGACCACGGUGUUCCCGAUGACUCAACUGAUUUUCUGGAUUUUGUGGCUCUGGUACGAAGCAAACGGGCCGGACAGGACCAGCCCAUGGUCGUGCACUGCAGCGCUGGCAUCGGUCGAACGGGGGUCCUGAUCACCAUGGAGACGGCAUUGUGUCUAAUGGAGAGCGGUCAGCCAGUGUAUCCUCUAGAUAUUGUCAAGACCAUGAGAGAUCAGAGAGCCAUGAUGAUACAAACACCUAGCCAGUACCGCUUCGUGUGUGAGGCCAUCUUGAAAGUGUACGAGAAAGGUCUGUUCAAACCACCCAAAAUGGUCUUCUACCAGCAACGAGAGAAGCUGAGUGACGAGAAAGACGAGGAGAAGAAAGAGCAGCUGAAAACGGGAGAAGAUGGAGACGAGACGGUUGCGGCGGCGGAGGAAGAGGAAGUGGCUGCGGUGGAGCUCCUGCAGGGAGGCCUGGACGAAGAGGAUGACGACGACGACGAGGAGGUGGAGGUGCUGGAUGUUGGAGAAGUGACAGAGGAAGAGGAGGAGGAGCCUAGCGUCGCGAGCGCCACCAGUGUGACAAGUGAGCCCAGUGCAAACACUGACCCAGACCCUGACCCUGACCCUGAUCCUGAUCCUGAAACGGCUCCUGCUGACGUCUGACCCGUCGCCGGGGGUUUCCAGAAAGAGGCCCGGGUGCUGGAGGAGAAAACGAAAGCACUGUUGCACUUUACGCUGACAAAACUGGAAAAAUGGACAAGCAAACGUGAAAAUUAUGAACGAGAUCAAGUAAAAAACAAACAAAAAAACAGAAAUCCAGCUGUGUAAUAGGUACCAUUAGGAGUGUUGUACGAUCAGGGUAACGACAAAACCAGUACGAUAGAAUAAAACGGGGAUUCGCUUUAGUGCCAUACAUACGAAGGGGAGGGGCUGCCCAUGUGGAUGGAAAGCUUCCCCUUCUAUUUUGUUUUUUACCUAAAGGGUCGCCCUGUCCCCUUCUGAGAGUCUGCCAGACGGACCUGCCUUUUUUUAGUGUCCUUUUAGCUGAUGAAGAGAAAAAUCUGUUUCUCAAGAGAGUAUUUAUUGUGUUUUAUUUAGUGUCACCCUGUCCACUGAACAAAAAAGGAAAAAAAAAAAGCUGUUUUGUUUGUUUGUAUGAGUCUAGACAUUCAUGCUUUCCUGAUUAGGUAGUAAAACAGUGUUACUCCUCCUCUACUUUGUUUCUUUUUGUUUUUGCGAGGAUUAAAAAAAAAAAAAGAUUUAAUUUAUUGUACCUGGUUUGGUCCGUCGCCACUUUCUCUUCUAGGCUUCUGACCAGCACCAGGACCCUCACCUCUCGUUCAGUGCCGUGGAAAGUUGGCUACUUUUUCAUGCGUUGUGAAGUUUUUUAUUUUUUUUAAAGCUUAAAGACGUAGAUUUUGGAGUGAUGAUCAGAUGAAUUGGUUUGCUCUCCUCACAGCCACCGUUUACUAGAGACCUCUAUUCUAUUUUUUACAGAAAGUCCCAACAUAUUUCAGCCAUUGACGCACUUAAACUGAUAAACAAAACGGUGGCUCCAAUAGAGAUCAGUUUCCGUUUUAAUUCUCUGAGUUCAAUGUUAGUGGAGCAAACUUCCUGCUGAAGUGUCCUUGAGCCAGACACCAACAGCAAAACCCAGUCUCUGUCUUUUGUCAGAGUUUAUUUUUGCAACCCAAAUACUUCUUCCUUUUAUUUAUUUUUUACACGAGUCAUUACGACAGAAGGAAAGUGUCAGUUUUAUGCAUUCGGUGUUUUUCCUUCCACGUUUUAAAGGUACUCGCUGCAACGUCACGAAGAUUGGAAACUUUUUUUCUUCUCUUGAUGGGGAACGUUAUGUUUAGUUCAAAAUUUGUAAGCAAAAUUUGUUAACGGACGUCAACUACCACUUGUUUUCCCUACAGAAACAGUUGUAGUGACUGAAUAUAGGUUAUAUGAUGCGUACAAUUUGAUGUAUUUUACGUUUUAAUGCUCAGAUUUGAGUAC